UUCUUCUCUUCUCUGAAUUCUCUUUUAUAACUUACUUUGUUUCUCGUUACAAAUAUUUGUAACAGGAUGUGGUCGAUGUUGGGACGCUUACAAGUCAACCGAAUGUGUUUCACCGGUGCGUUGCCAUUCACUUCUUCAACAAUGAGUCUUAAUAAUGAAUUCGCAAAAUUCGUUACGACUAAGAAACGUAAGUUAGAUGAGAACGAAUUAGAGAGCCUGAAUACAGAAUCUCUCAUUGGACCUCCACCAACCCCACUAAGAGUUCAGAGAGAACGUCGUCGAGGUGAUGGCGAGAAUUCCAGCAGUCCAAACCAAGAUGCAACUCAUGCAGUUCUGCUGGAUCUGCAAAUGGCCCACAGAUUGUUCGAGCGCCCUCUAACCAAGAAGCAAUUUGACAAGCUCAAGGAUGAUCUACAGCCAUCUCUUCAAAUUCGCCUGAAGCAACUAUUAGAAUCCCAACAAGCGUGCGAAGAUGUUCUUGAAAUGGCUGAUUCGGCGUAUGUGUUGAUGCUUUUAAAUUCUUCAAAUCCCAAGGGCGAGGAAGCUAGAAGGGCAAUAAUGUUGUUCCAAGAAGGGGAGAGACUGAUAACCGAUGGUCAACACCUGUUAAAAUCUGCCUUUCCCGACGUGUUUACUACCACCGACUGAUAUGGCCGGCCAUCCAGUCCCGCACGCUAGUAAUUCCUGAAUCUCCCAAUAACAACUUUUACUUCUCACUUCUCUUAAAUUCUUCAAAUCGCAACUAGGAAGCAGUUGGCGAGAACUCUGUCAGGCAAUAAUGUUGUUGCAAGAAGAUACAUGAUAUUUUUACGGCUUUCUUAUGAAAUAUUUGUGAAAUUGGCAGAAGUAAGUAGGAUUUGGAUUUAUGCAAUUUAGGAAAUGAUACGUUGGAAAUUGCCUUUACGACUUCGUUGUAAAUUCUACUGUUUGGCCGAUUUCAAAUUUUUAGCAAUCAAACCCUUGUCUUUCGAAAAGACAACUUCCUGUUUAA